GUUUUUGACCUGAGUUCAUGUACUUACAUUACCAUGACUCUAUAAAUUCAAAUCAUUCGGAAUAUCAUAAAAAUUCAUUCAAAACUAUAAAUCCGUGAUGUUUUCGAUACCAAGUGAACUCAAAAAAUAUUAGGUCAAUGAAUCCAAACAUUCCGUUUGCUACGAACUGCAACCGUGACAUCUAACGAUUCCAUAAACGAAAACACCAACACACAUACUUUCGACACGAACGCAUAUUCCGCAGUCGAACAUAUAAAAGAUAUAUCGUUAUUUCGUGUCUUCAUUUCGCCAUGAGUCCUGCAAGGGCAAUUAUUGCCCUUAUCGGUUUACUACUGAUAACGACAAACACUUGUAAUUCUGCCCCGUCCAAGUGCACCUGUGAAGAUCUAGUGAUAUCUCCAUCCGACCAAUCAUGUCUCUUGGGACAUCUUCUACAGAUCAUCACCCACCUCAUCAACAACCAACAAAAGCCUAUCUGCGCGAAAGGGCUGAUCCAGAACCCUAACAACAGCACCUUCGUGUCAUCGCCAGCAUCAGCAACGACUCAACCUCCAAGUGAUAUAACAACCAGCCCAUCGGAAUUUGACGUAAGGGACUUGGAUUUAACGACAUCUGCACCAUCAGAUUCACCAACAACAGUAUUGGACUUGGAUCUACCAUCACCAACAACCCAGCCUCCAUCACCACAGACAGAGUUUCAAGGUGACAUAACGACAGUUCUACCACCAGAUUCGCAAUCAGAAGAUUUCCCAGUUGAUUCGAGGGCCUUGGACUUGGAACAAUCACCACCAACAGACUCCCCAAGUGAUCUGCUGGCCGUUUCAUCAACAACUCGGAUUCCAACAAUGCAACCAACAACAGAGGCAAGUGAUAUAACGACAGUAUCGCCAUCAGAUUCAAUAUUAACAGAAUCUCCAUCUGAUGUGAGGGAAAUGGAUCCUCUGAUAACUAACCUAUCAACAACAACAACGGAGUCCCCAAGAGCUAUAACGACUCUUCGACCAUCAGCUGAAGAUGUUCUAUCUGGAGUGAGUGACUUGGAGUUACAAUCACAAACAACACAGUCUUCAUCACCACUAACGGGUCGUCCACAAUCACAGACAACAGAGUCACCAAGAAAUAUAACGACAGUUCCACCAUCAGGUACAACAUCGAAUGAUUUCCCAUUUGAAACAAGGGACUUGGAAGUUCCAGAAACAAAUCAGGAUCCAACAACAGACCAAUCGAGUGGCACCGAGAUUGAACAGCCAGUGAACGCGCCGUCUGGAUCGACUUCGCCUUCGGAAACCUUUUCAUACGAAUCUGGAGAGAACAGUGAGCCUGGCACUAAGUCUAUCGAAGGAAAAACUGGAAAUUCAGCACCAGCAUCAAACUCAACAACACUUGGCACGGACCAAAAGUGUAUGAAACCUCAGACACUGUUUAUACCUGUCCUGCACUUUGGAAACUGUCUGACACCGGAAAAAUUGCAGGAGUACUUGUAUAAUAUUUUCCUGAACCCGGAGCACACAGACAUCAAAAGCUAGAGUGCAAGAAUUGUGACCGUCAACUCAUCAACUGCCGACUUGGCCAUCAGUCUCAUGAUCCAAAAUUGUUUAUAAUGAUGAGGUUCUAAAUUGGAAAAUUUUUGUUUCUCAGUAAUUGAUUUCUGAAGUAAUGGUCACCAUGAUAGUCAAUUAUUGUAUGCGUGGAAUGGUUCAUACUCCAUGUUGUUUUUUAUUCAUGCGUGGUGGGCACGUUUUUUAUUUUCGGAUUUACUUUUACAUUUGUCAUCUGUGAUAUUAGUGACUAUAUUUAUUUAUAUGUGGAAUUUGACAAAAAAAUAGGUUAUUUUCUUUUUGAAAAUAACUGGAUUUAUAUACAUUUUAUUGUGAUCGCAAUAAAUUUCUUUAUUUU